UGCAGCUGAGUUCAGCAGGCUCCGCCCACCUGAACUCCAUCAGGUUUAUCCGAAACCUUCACCUCCCCAAUCAGAGCGACCACAUCAGUCACACAGGUAAACGAUGAGCCGGCCGGUGAUGACGCAGCCUCAGCAGCUCUUCGUUUCCUCGGUGGAAGCUGACUGGGCUUCAGGGAUCUGCGACUGCUGCGACAACAAGAAGCAAUGCUGCUUCGCCUUCUGGUGCUGCCCCUGCUUCGUCUGUCGAACCACCCAACAGUUCGGUCAGUGUCUCUGUCUCCCCCUGCUGGACGUGUUCGGCUGCGUCCGUCCCAUCACGAUGUCCAUCAGGGUGUCGCUGCGUCAGCGCUACGGCAUCAAAGGGAACCUCUGCACCGACUGUUUGUGCUCCACCUUCUGUCUGCCCUGCGUUUGGUGUCAAAUGGCCACCGAGAUGAAGAAGCAGAAGCUCCCCACCAUGCAGUGACAUCAUCCGCCAGUGAUGAUGUCAUCAGCGUGAAGUCAUUGCUCCAGACCGGCCGUCGUGGCCCAGCUCCGCACCAGGACAAAUCAAUAAUCAUCAGUGUUUACUGUGUUUAUCAGUUAUUUGUUUUUAACAAACCAGUUUUUGUUAUGUUGCUCAUCUGUUUACUCGAUUUAGAUGUUUGUUAGCUUAAAUUCAUUAAAAUUAAAUUCAUGCUUGUGACUGAGCUUAACGAUGAAUCGAGACUGGAGAGAAGCUCAGAUCUGAUAUUUAAUCAUUGCACAAAUAUUCAGUCUGUGUGAGCUUUGAAGGUGAUUUCAGGAUUCACAAUUCACAUGAAACCAUUUAAAUGUUUUUACACAAUUCAGGUUUGGCUUCUAGCCAAAUUCAAUACUGACAAAAUAAAAACCUUUAAAAAUGGAAA